AUGGCGCGCUUAAGGGUGGCUUUUCUCGGCCCGUUAGCAUCUUUCUCGCACCAGGCUGCCGCCGAAGCCUUUGGUAAAAUCUCAGCCUCGUUGCUCCCCCAGCUCUCCUUCGCCGAUGCCUUUGUCGCCCUUCAAAAUCAAGAGGUCGACUACGCCGUGAUCCCUUGCGAAAACUCGACCAAUGGCUCGGUUGUCCAGACUCUGGACCUCCUCGCCGACCGCAAUGAUCAAUAUAAGGAUGUGAAAGUAUGUGGCGAGUACUAUUUGACCGUCCACCACUGCUUGUUGGUCCACAAGGGUUCAUAUCCCUCCGGAUGGUCGGGGUAUGAUGGGUCGAUCACUAAGCUAUACACACAUCCCCAGGCAUGGGGCCAGUGUGAAGGAGUCCUUUCCCAAUAUUUCAAGGGCGUGGAAAGACAGGAUGUCUCUUCCACGUCCAAAGGAGCAGAGAUUGUCUCUAAGGAGUCGACGGAGAAAAGCGCAGCUAUCGCCAGCCGCUUUGCCGCAGAGUACCACGGUGUUGACGUACUGAAAGAGAACAUCGAGGAUCGGGCUGAUAAUACAACUCGGUUCCUCAUCUUGAGGAACGUUCUUGCUGCGCGGACAGCUGAGCUCGAUUUGGGACAGCCGAAGGCGCCCACUUCGGACGAACAGUCCAACACGCACAAGACGCUAGUCUCGUUCUCCAUUGAUCACGCCUCGCCGGGUGCAUUGGCUAGCGCGCUUUUGAUUUUCAAGAAACACGGUCUAAAUCUCACGACUAUAAACACUAGGCCCAGUUUGAAACGGGCUUGGCAAUAUAUCUUUUUUGUUGAAUGUGGACGAACUCUAUCCGAGGACAACAAGGAUGCGGUUGUUAAUGCAUUGCAAGACUUGCAACACGUUACCGAGUCUUGUAGAGAUUUGGGAACGUGGAAAGAUCAGCUGGGUGCUCGAACUGCAUAA